ACCAAGUAUAGGGGAAAUCGAUCUCGAGAAUUCGAUCGAGAUCAAAGUCGAGCUACUCCAGUAAAUUUACGGAUGGAGAUGAAGAAAGGCAUGGUGGUGGCAACCGUGGUUGUGGGCGUCCUGGGCCUCAUCACGGUGAUUCUGGGCAUCGCUGGCGCGGCCUCCAGCGGCCGAGCGUGUGAGUCCGAGGACGGGGCCACGCCGGGGGUGGGCUGCGGCGUUGUGGCGUCGCUGCUCGCGCUUGCAACGCAGAUCGUCGCCAGCGCCGCCACGGGGUGCUGCGGCUGCUGCCGGACAUGGUCUAUUCCCAGCGAGGCCAAACGCAUCGUCGCCAUCGUCUUGUCAACUUUCUCAUGGUUCCUUGCGAUCAUAGCGGUGAUACUGUUCAUGGUUGCCGCCAUUUUGAGCACGUCCACAGAUGUAUCAACUGGUGGCAAAUGUGUCUCAGACGGCACUGGACCGUUCGUGGCGGCAACGAUCUUGUUCAUCAUCACUGUGGUGUUUCAGGUCGUCUCAUACAUCCUGUUGCAGGCGACCACGGCCGCUUCAUCUACGAAGCCACUCGGUCAGGAGUCCGGGAUUGCCAUGGGGAAUCCCGUGAACCAGAAUGCAGCUGAAACCACGGCCGCUUCAUCUACGGAGCAGAAUGCAGCAGAAACCACGGCCGCUUCAUCUACGGAGCAGAAUGCAGCUGCCAGCGGUGACCCUCCUCCGUCGGCACCUCCUGCAUCGUCAGAUCAAAUCACUUCUCCCACGCCAACCGUGUUAACCAACAAAGCCAAUGCUGACCCCGCAAACCAAGUUUGAAACUAGUUUAUGGAUGUUGUCUUUGUUCGCGCGGUUAAUUUUCAUGUUACCCUAUGAUUUUUUUUUUACA